UUAUGUGUUCCACUCAUAAUAUUGAUAUUGUUGUAAACAAUUUAAAAUUUCUUGAUGUGAUACACAAUUUAUCCACUACUCCUUUAAAAAUUAGGAGCCAAAUUCAAAUUUGAUUUAAGACUAAACAUUAAAAUUGAAUUUUGUGCUUCUAUUUUUAAAUAAAGUAACCUAUUAUUUAAGUUUAUACAUAAUUAAUAAGGGGAAAGCAUUGGACGCGAUAUUUUGAUGUUUAAAUGGACAUAUAUGCAUGCGAAAAAAGAAGAUUGUUGUCAAUAAAUGUGAUAUUGUAUAAUAGCAUCCCACGUUCAUCUCUAAUUUAAAUGCAAUUUUGCAUUCAAUACACACAAUUGCUAAUAUUAAAGGUUCAUGAAGCAUAUUGUAACAGGUUGUACCUGGUAUUGCUAAUAUUAUUCAGUGAUUUCUAAUUAUUUUCAAAGUUCUUCAAGAUUUCAAACCAUUUAUCACAUUUUGGCGAUAAAAGAUUUCUUCUUUCGACAUAUCCUUAUUGAUGCUUCAAUUACUAUGAGUUAAUAUAUCUUCAUCUAUUCAAAAAUGAAUCAGGAAAUUACAAAGAGCAAUUAAUAAAGAUAAUUUAGAAUUGAAAACUCAUAAUCAAAUUUUAAUUCAUCUUAUGACCAGCUGUAUAAUGUUUACCACCAAAAAUUGAGGUUAUGUACAUUUGACAAGAACUGUCAACCUAAAAAUGAACGAAUUUAACCUGUACUGAUUAACAACGUUUUAAAAGUAAUAAAACAAAUUAAUAAUAAGUAAUUGAAGUUAAAAGAAGUUGAGUGUAAAAUUGAAUUUUUCUGGAAAACCCAUCAAGCAUGGAAUUAAGAUAUGAGAAUAAUACAAUGUAGAAAUAAUAAUCACAAAUUUCUGACAUAUCCUUAUUGAUGCUUCAAUUACUAUGGGUUAUAUCUUCAUCUAUUCAAAAAUGUUAUUUUAAAGGGAAUUACAAAUUGCAAUUAAUAUAUUUUAGAAUUUAAAACUCAUAAUCAAGUUUUAAUUCAUCUUAUGACCAGCUGUAUAACGUUUACCACCAAAAAUUGAGGUUAUGUACAUUUGACAAGAACUGUCAACCUAAAAAUGAACGAAUUUAACCUGUACUGAUUAACAAUGUUUUAAAAUUAACAAAACAAAUUAAUAAUAAGUAAUUGAAGUUAAAAGAAGUUGAGUGUAAAAUUGAAUUUUUCUGGAAAACCCAUCAAGCAUGGAAUUAAGAUAUGAGAAUAAUAUAAUGGGGAAAUAAUAAUCACAAAUUUCUGACAUAUCCUUAUUGAUGCUUCAAUUACUAUGGGUUAUAUCUUCAUCUAUUCAAAAAUGUUAUUUUAAAGGGAAUUACAAAUUGCAAUUAAUAUAUCAAUAAGGAUAUGUCGAAAGAAGAAAUCUUUUAUCGCCAAAAAGAAGCAUAAAAUGUGAUAAACGGUUUGAAAUCUUGAAGAACUUUGAAAAUAAUUAGAAAUCACUGAAUAAUAUUAGCAAUACCAGGUACAACCUGUUACAAUAUGCUUCAUGAACCUUUAAUAUUAGCAAUUGUGUGUAUUGAAUGCAAAAUUGCAUUUAAAUUACAGAUGAACGUGGGAUGGUUCCUAACGAAUCCGAUUUUUUCAGUAAAUUUGAUAUUUGUAGAUAUGAAAUGUAUGAUUUAUAUAAAGAAUUGAUGAAGAAUUGCAAUUUAUAAUAUAUUUUAGAAUUUAAAACUCAUAAUCAAGUUUUAAUUCAUCUUAUGACCAGCUGUAUAACGUUUACCACCAAAAAUUGAGGUUAUGUACAUUUGACAAGAACUGUCAACCUAAAAAUGAACGAAUUUAACCUGUACUGAUUAACAAUGUUUUAAAAUUAACAAAACAAAUUAAUAAUAAGUAAUUGAAGUUAAAAGAAGUUGAGUGUAAAAUUGCAUUUUUUCCGCCAUUAAUUCAAGCAUGGAAUUAAGAUAUGAGAAUAAUACAAUGUGGAAAUAAUAAUCAUAAAUUAAAAAAAAAAAUUUAAUUGCAACUUAUCUUCGCCACGUGUUUGAUAAAUGACUACAAAUCAAUAAUUAUAUGUUAUUUUUUACUUUGUAAUUCAAAUUAACUUAUCACAAAUAAAUUGAGUAAAUUAAUUUGGUUUAAGUAUUCAUGUAUAAAAUUCCAUAAAUUUUAUUCCUUUUUAUGUUAUAUUAAAAUACAACCACAUCCACUAAUUUAUUAUACUCAAGGUCGAUAAAAAAAAACAUUUAAAUAAAUCAGCAUUGCUUUAAAACAUCCAGUUCAUAGUUCAAUGUUAAACAAGUUUUAUCAUUUUACUUAAUAAAAUGAUUCUUCUUUUGAUCAUUUUUUCGCCUUUAAUUUACUGGAUAUUAACAUUUUUAAUUUACGAAAGGCAUUUAUAUAAACUUCCAGGUCCAACUCCAUGGCCAAUAAUUGGGAAUGCUUUAGAAUUUGGUACAACAACCAAAAUAAUGACUACUUUAGCACGAUAUCGAAAGAAAUAUAACGGUAAUUUUCGAAUUUAUAUGGGUUAUGACCCGAUGGUAGUGAUAACAGAACCCAAAACAGCCGAAUUCUUUUUAACAAAUACUCAAUUAGAUAAAUCAAGGCAUUAUAAAUUUUCUUAUAACUGGUUAAGAAACGGUUUAUUAGUUAGUAAUGGUAAAUACUGGAAGAAUCGACGACGAAUUUUAACUCCAGCUUUUCAUUUUAACAUCUUAAAAGAUUACGUGAAAAUUUUCGAUACUGUCAGUGAUGUUUUAAUUGAAAAAUUAAAACCAAAAGUUAAUGAAAUUGUUGAUAUAUUCCCUCUGUCUAAAUUAACAUCUUUAGAUAUUAUUUGCGAAGCUGCAAUGGGGUCUUCUGUAAAUGCUUUAAAACAAUCUGGUUCUUCUUACGUUAAAAGCGUUGAAGAAAUGGGGAAAGUAAUAAUACAAAGAAUAUUUAGUGCUUUACAUAGUAUUGAUUUUAUUUACAAAUUUACAAAUACUGCAAAAUAUGAAAAGAAGAUAUUACGCGUUAUUCAUAAUCACAGCGAAUCCAUUAUUUCAACGAGAAAGAAAGAAUUUGCGAGUAACAACGUUUCGAGUAAAACAAAGAAGAAGCAAGCUUUUCUCGAUUUAUUAUUAACAUACUCUAUGGAAGGUGAAAAUUUAAGUGAAAGGGAUAUUCAAGAAGAAGUGGACACUUUUAUGUUUGCUGGCCAUGAUACAACAGCAACAUCAUUUGCUUUUACUUUGUAUUGUCUUAGUAAAAACGAAAGAGUUCAAAAUAAAAUCAUUGAAGAGCUUGACGAAAUAUACAAAGAUGAUCCAAAUAGACCAACAACAUACCAAGAUUUACAAGACAUGAAAUACUUAGAUUUAGUACUUAAAGAAUCUUUGCGAAUGUUCCCAUCCGUUCCAUUUCAUUUCAGACAAGUCACCGAAGAAUUAUCAUUCAAUGGAAUUACAUACCCUAAAGGUACAACAAUUAUGAUUUACAAUUUAGGAAUGCAUCUUGACGAAAAUUACUUUAAAAAUCCGCACGAUUUUUACCCGGAAAGAUUUGACAGCGAAAAUGACGAUGUAAAAACGAGAGGCAGCUUUUCUUACAUCCCUUUUAGUGCAGGACCGCGAAAUUGUAUUGGUCAAAGAUUUGCAAUUCUUCAACUUAAAUCGUCCGUUUCUAAAGUAAUGAGACACUUUAGAUUAUUACCAUGCAAAGAUCAUCAGCUAGUUUUAGCCAAUGAAACUGUUAUGGUGUCUCAUACUGGAACACCAGUACAUCUUGUUGCUAGAAAUUAAUUUUUUUAUGGAUGUUUUUUUAAUAUAAUCGUGUUUUGUAGCUGA